CCCACGGCCCGCCUAGCUACUACCUAGCUAGCUAGCUAGCUAGCCAGCCAGCCAUAAAUUACAAUGAUACUCCGUAGUAGCAGCAGCAGCAGCAGCAGCAGUAUUUAAUAGGUGGGGGCAGGCAGGCAGGCAAUGCAAGGCAAGGCAAUCUUAUCUUGGGCGUCUACAAAAGGUGGAUGGGAAUCCCCAUAUCCAUCAAUCACUUCAUCUUUUUGCUUGCGUGCUUGCCUGGAACUUGGUUAGGCCGUUAGUUAGUUAGUUAUACAGACAUAUACAUACAUAUAUAUAUAUACAUAUCUCAUACCCAAGAGGAGGAGGAGGAAGAAGACGACCUUAUAGUACAUUAUAGUAUUAAUUACUGAAAUGGCACAGUCGUCAUCAGCAUCAGCAUCAUCUUCGUCCUUGUCGCUCUUGGCCUGCGGCGGCAGGAGUCGAUCUAAUUAUUACAACACGCUCACGCUCACAUCAAUGCCUCGUCGUCGUCACCUGAAUCUCAAUCUGAACCUGAACCUGAAGCUGAUGGAGGGGUUUGGUCAUCGUCGUCCUCAACCAAAGCUUUACCCUCUUUCGGACCAGCAGCGGUUGUCUGCAGUGGUCACCCAUGUUCAAUUAUCGCCCACUCCCACUCCCACUCCCACUCCCACCCACACUCCCACUAACAUCAUCGUCCCUCUCCAGAAACAAAACCCUGACAGGUGGGUGCACGAAAUAGAGCUUGUUGUGAGGGACUACGAGUUGGAUCAGUUUGGAGUGGUCAACAAUGCUGUUUAUGCCAAUUAUUGCCAGCAUGCGCGCCAUGAGCUGUUGCAUACGUGUACAAGCUCCAACGCCGAUGAAAUUGCCCGUUCUGGCUUCUCACUGGUUACAUCCGAGAUGUCAAUUAAGUUCAUUGCGCCUUUGAAGAGUGGGGAUCGAUUUGUGGUGAAGACAAAGAUUCCUGGAUGGUCCAAAACUCGCUUGUUCAUGGAGCAAGCCAUCUUCAGACUUCCCAAAUUUGAGUUGGUGGUGGCCGCAAAAGCUACGACGGUAUGGAUAGACAAGAAGAAUCGGCCGAUGCGGAUUCCUGAGUUGACCAGAGCGGAAAUCAGUCAGCUCUAUUACGACAGAUCAUCUGAUCACGUCUCUCAGCGAGGACUCUCCACCAAUUCCAUCCAUCCAACUCAACUCAAUUAAUUAAUUCAACGACUACUCCUCCCUCCACAUCUCUUCUAUUGAAGAAGAUUAAAUAUACCUAUUACUUAUAACAUGAUCGCAUAUAUAUAUAUCCCAAUUCCAUGAUUGCUGCUGCUGCUGCUGCUGCUGCUGCACUGGUUUUCAAUUAAUAUUUAAUUUGUAAGAACUAUAUAUAUGUAUAAGAUAAUUAAUUAAGCGAGUGCGGGUGCCAUGUCAAUUUCAUCUCUUAUAUGCUUAGACUAAAAUA